AUGCGUGAGCUGGCCGUCGAGAUCGGGGUCCGAGCCCUGCUCUUCGGGGUCUUCGUUUUUACUGAGUUUCUGGACCCGUUCGAGAGGGUCAUCCAGCCGGAGGAGGUCUGGCUGUACAAGAACCCCCUGGUGCAGUCGGACAACAUCCCCACCCGCCUCAUGUUUGCCAUUUCUUUCCUCACGCCCCUGGCUGUGAUCUGUGUGGUGAAAAUUAUCCGGCGAACAGACAAGACUGAAAUUAAGGAAGCCUUCCUAGCCGUGUCCUUGGCUCUCGCUCUGAACGGCGUCUGCACAAACACCAUUAAGCUCAUCGUGGGCAGAUGGGGUGAUGAACGCGGAGAUGCACUGCACAGGGGACCCCGAGCUGGUGUCCGAGGGCCGCAAGAGCUUCCCCAGCAUCCACUCCUCCUUUGCCUUUUCAGGCCUGGGCUUCACCACGUUCUACCUGGCCGGCAAGCUGCACUGCUUCACAGAGAGCGGGAGGGGCAAGAGCUGGCGGCUGUGCGCCGCGAUCCUGCCCCUGUACUGCGCCAUGAUGAUCGCGCUGUCCCGCAUGUGCGACUACAAGCACCACUGGCAAGACUCGUUCGUGGGCGGCGUCAUCGGCCUCCUGUUCGCCUACAUCUGCUACCGGCAGCACUACCCGCCUCUGGCCAACACGGCUUGUCACACACCCUACGUCAGCCUCCGGGUGCCGGCCUCGCUGAAGAAGGAGGAGGUGCCGGCGGCUGACAGCACGCCCAGCCUGCCCCCGGAGGGCGCCA